AUGAGAAGGAGCACCAGCAUCUUCGGCAGCCCCGGGAUGCUAGCUCUGAGGCCUGGGGGGCGGCGGCAGGAGAUGCAGAAGAGCCGAGUGAUGCAGCUGCGGGCUGCUAGCCAGUCUCUCCCGUCCAGCAGCCCUGCUAACAAGCUGGCCGUGGCCGCUGGCGACAGCACACUAAUGACAAUCGCAGGCCCAGCUGCAGCGGCUGGCCUGGCACAGGCGGACGGAACCACCUUCCCCUUCCAGGCCUCCAUGUUCAAGCGCUGCGCUCCGGGUGGGCCUGGUGGGGACCCGCGGCCGCUCACCUCCCGCGUGGGCCAUGACUCGGAGCGGCGGUGCUGGACCCGCGACUGUGCACUGGCCAUUCAUGUCCGCAGGGAGCGCCUUUGGCCGAGAGCAGCAGAGAGCCUACGUGUCCUUAUGCGGGGCCCCGGCUGGGGGCAGGGAGGUGGCCGCAGACAAAGGCGGGACGUGCGGCCCGUGGCCGGGGGCCAGCUUAAAUUAGGGAACAUCUGA